CAGGCAGCGCAGCCUGUCCGUUUGAAUGUGCUGGGGACCGGAGAGGAUCAUUUCCAUGGACCAUCUGUCUCGCUGGCUGCCCACACAACAAAGAAGGACCCAGGAUGGUGUUAGUACAUGUUGGAUAUCUGGUUCUCCCCGUCUUCGGCUCAGUUAGAAACAGAGGAGCACACUUCACCAGGCAUCACAACAGCCAUGCUACCUCCUGCCGACACUUUCACCUGGGCGCUCCCCAGGCACCCAUCUCAGCCGAGUUCCCUCUAGGACAUGCCAGCCAGCCCCCUCAGACAGGCCUGGCCACCCACCUGCCCCCGGCACACCAUCCACCCCUCACUGCCCUGCCUGCUCCCCCUCAGUUCCAGGAUGUGCCGGGGCCUCCAUUCCUACCUCAGGCCUUACACCAGCAAUACCUCAUCCAGCAGCAGCUUCUUGAAGCGCAGCACCGCAGGAUCCUCCCGCACUCCAGAAGAACCCAGGAGCGUAUUCCCCUGAACCCUCACAGACUGCGUUCAGGCUAUGAGUACUCCCCUCCCCUCCAUGUCCCCCAACCAAUGACACAGCAGCCACGGUACCUGGCCGAAGGCACUGACUGGGAUCUCAGCGUAGAUGCCGGCCUCCCUCACCACCAGUACCAGCUCCAGCAGCUUCCACAGCACUAUCAGCAUUAUCUGGCCUCACCUCGAAUGCACCACUUCCCCAGGAACACAUCGUCUGCACAAGUGGUUGUGCAUGAAAUCAGAAACUACCCGUACCCCCAGCUGCACCUGUUGGCACUUCAAAGUCUGAAUCCUUCAAGGCAUGCCACUGCUGUGCGAGAAAGUUAUGAGGAGUUGUUGCAGCUGGAGGACCGGCUGGGGAGCGUCAGCAGAGGAGCUGUUCAGACAACCAUAGAGAGAUUCACCUUUCCACACAAAUACAAGAAGAGAAAGCCCCUGCAGCUGAAGAUUGGGGAGGAGGAGGAAACAGAUGUGGAUGAGAAAUGUACCAUCUGUUUGUCCAUGCUGGAGGAUGGAGAAGAUGUCAGGAGACUGCCCUGCAUGCACCUCUUCCACCAGGGCUGCGUGGACCAAUGGCUGGCCACCAGCAGGAAGUGUCCAAUCUGUCGAGUUGACAUCGAAACACAGCUGAACCCUGACAGCUGAUGAGAUUCAACCCCACCCCACUCCUCUUCUUGUCAAUCACCCUUGUGUGGUUCCUGCUUUCUUCCACCCCGGCUUGCCGGUUCUCCCCCACCACCCACUCCUCCCCCCCGUUGGGUGCUUUGCCAAAUGUCUCCAGACUUCAUGUGACAUCACCACCCUUCUGACUCACGCUUUACUGAGCCAAGCCAGGAUAACCAACUGCACGAGAGGCCGCAAAGGACUCUCUUUAUAUAGAAGCACAUCCCUCUGGAAGCAAAAGACACGCAAACACACAAACACACACACACAUACUCAUGUACACAGGGUUUACUUGUAGCUUGCUGGUCGUAAGUGGGGUGUUGUUGCUGUUGUGGUGUUGUACUGUAGGUAGCCCCGGGCUGUGUAGCAUGUCCUUAAAGCCAUGACUUAUUGUCCUGAGAGUGGAAAACACAUAACCCCACACUGAGCUGGCUACUUUCUCUCUUUUCUCUCUCUCUCUUUCUAUAAAUAUAUAUAUAUAUAUAUAAACACAUAUAUAUAUUUCUCUCUUUUCAAACACAUGUCAAUCAAAAUGAAUAUUCUGCCACACAAGAAAGCUUAACAGAAACUAAAUGCUCUGAUGCCAUGUUUACCUAAAGAUCAUUUGUGGUCGUAGUAGAGUAGCAGUAACCAACAAGUGAUUUCUGGUGCACUGUCGCCUUCUUGGGGGCAAGCUCCAGCUAGCUGAGUGUUUUAAUUCUAUCAUGCAGCUUUGACAUUUUGCAAUACAGUUGUACUUUUACCUUGGGCUGGUGUCAUGUGAGAUGGUGUCACGUGAGUAGGUCUCUCUUUCACUGCCGCAGAAACCGAGCCCAGUGAUCGAGUCGUCAUGUGUUAAGAUUUUAAAAAUAGGUAGAAAGUGUUUUUGUUUUUACCAAAAUGCAUUUUUGUCACAGUGUAGCUUGAACCUGACACGCAGGUUCACGUGUGUGUGCUCUGCCCUGCUGUGUGUGACUUAAAGAAUGUGUCUAACAAAGGUGUGGAUGUUCAAAAAGUGCAAAUGCGAGUGUGUUUAAAGGGUUUCAGGCAACACCUAGAUUCACUGUAGGUUAAUAGCAUGGCCAGUGUAGUGCUUAUACAACACAAAGCCAAAAAAAAAGGGAUGAAAAAAGGAAACUAUCAUGCACUGCAGAGGGAGGUGGGAGGAAGAUUUAGCUGCCCUUGUACCUGCAUCUUCACCUGGCGCAGGGCCAGAGGUAGAACAGCGUGUGCUAAAAAUGCAUGUUUCAUCACUGACUCGGGCUGUUAGAUUUGGUAGCGUUACUUCAAUUUAAAAAGGUACAGAGAUGGCUGUGCAUGACUUAGUUAAUCUGAGCUGUGACUAUCUUCUCAACACUAACAAACAAACAAACAACAAAAAAAAAGCACUGUGUCAGUGGCUGCUUCCCUGACUUGUAGCGUGUGUUCAUCCUGUCCCCUUUGGUGGCAAUGGUGAGAUCCUCUUUUUGAUGUUAACCUUAUUGCCUAAAGAACAAGCACAUGUGACAAUAGUUACAGCAACAAAAGUUGUUUUCUUUUUUUCCUUGGCAUCGCAUUUGAUUUGGCUUAUAUUUAGAUAGAGAUUCAUGCAGUGUUUCAGCAGAGAGAGGAGCUUGCGUUAUUGAUCUUGUGUAUUUGUGUGACAGACCUCCCCUUGUGGUUGCUAUGCUGGUUGCUAUGCUGUAUUGCUAGAACAUGUAGAACGUGGUGCGAUGGAGGCAGCCUCCCUCUCACAGUGCACACAGACACGAGACGACACGACAGCAGGAAAAUAUUCAGGCUGUUAAAACCAGUGUUUUUUCACUUUUGUUUUUUUUUUUUGUUUGUUUUGUUUUUAACCCUUCGUGUUGGAUUGUCAUUUCAUUUCCACAGGGCCAUGUGUUAAUGGCUGCCUUUAGGACCCUCACUGUCCUAUGCACUGUGAUAGUAAAGGAUAAAACUUGACCCAGAGUCUCUUUCAGCCUCGUGGGCCAAGGAUCAAUUAACAUGGAUUACUUCUCCCUGUCUUGUGCACUGCCAGUGUUGACACUGCCUCCUCCUGUAGUGGAGUCAUCUGUGAUGAAGUUUUCAUAGUUUACACAGGGUGUUGUCAGUUGAGAUGCCUUAAGUAUUUAACAAUCAUAAUUUAUUACUAACUGUAGAUAUUGUGGGUAUGUAUUUAAUUUUGUAUAGUUUUUUUGGGGGCGACUGAAUCAUAAUUUAUUUAUUUAGAAAUAACACAAAAAAUGCUAUGAAAAAAAACUAUUACCUCAUUUUUGCAUUGUUUUAAAUGGGAAUGCUUUGCAUGCAGUUGUACUUUUUGGAACACUUAAAGUUAAAGAAAAAAAAAAUUUAGCCCUGCUGUUUGAUCUCCACAAGCUGGCUGUGCGAUGUUUACUGUCCAAGGCUGAGCUACUGAGCCCGCUCUGUUUCUCUCUCUCUCUCUCUCUCUCUUUCUCUCUCAGUCUCUCUCUCUCUCUCUCUCUCUCUCAUGUGGUGCUGUGGAUCUUGGUUACAUUCCAUUCAAUGCAAUUUCUCUGAUCCCCCAUGCUGUGAUGUAGUGGACAAACUGCAAUGAAGUGAAUUGGUUUUAGUUUGUGAUUUAUUUUUUAAAUUUUUGUUUUGUUUUGCACUCACUUGUUAAAAUAUGGGAACCCUCUCACUGGCAAAAAAAAACUAGUUUAGAUAAUUUAAUAUAGUCACUAAGAACUCUGGGUUUUUUUUUUUAUGCUCUGCUUCUCACAAUGCACUAUGGGUCUUAAUAAUGAUCAUCUGUGAAGCAUGUUCCUUCGCUUUAACUCUUUGUGUCUAUCUUUAAGUCUCAUCUCUCUGCUGUUUCUCUUCAGUUCUUUUUCCAGAAUAGUUUGUAGACUUAAGCAUAACAAGUGCCUCGCUUUAAGUGUUAGGAGAUAUUUCCAUAUUACUGAAACCAUGAAUAUGUAACAAUCAAUCCAUGAAGCCACCAUGCCUUAUUGGUUGCAUAACUAAUCAAAAGAAUGGGUCAAGAAGGAGGUGAGACAACAUUUGACAGGUGUCUACAAAAGCCAUUUUCCUCAAACAUUCAAGUCAAACUGUCCAAACUAGCUGUCGGUUUGUAGUACUGAAGCAUCACAUACUGUGGAAAUAGUUCUGACUAUAAAGAGGCAUGUUUCACCUUGGGCUUUACCUUUCUUCACUUCAUUUCUCUAUUCUGCUUAUCUUCUAUAUCCUGUUCUCUCCACUUUGUCUUUAUUUUACCGUCCACCCCUCCUCUCGGAAUCUAUCCUCUGUUUCCUUUCACAGUCUAAAAGGAAGGCAAGGAUUUUAAAGCACAACCUUUUCUAAAAAUGCAUGUUUUCUCAGGUUUCAAUAUACUCUCAAUGGUUUAAUAGUAUAUGGUGAAAAUAUAUACAAAGAAUAUAACAGAAAAAAAAAAUAUUAAUUUUGUUGCUGCUUGAAUCUGAAAAACAAAACUGAAGAGAAAAUCCCAAAAAGUGCCAGUGAAAGGGCUGCCGCCAUCCUUGUAUGAAAAUCUGCUGUUUAGCUGUGACUGCGCAAUGUUUUUCAAUAUAGGAUAUUUUAUCUGAAAAUAGAAUUAUUUAUCAUUAAUAUUAAAGCAAUAGCGCAUUAAUGGUGAUGAGUGUGUUGAUGAAGAAAUGGAUGAGCAUAUUAUGGGUAAUUGUUAGAUUCACAUUUGGUGGAAUUUUGUACUUUAUUUAUUAUUACUACUAAUAAUAACGGUAAUGAUUUCAAAAGUUGCAUUGCUAAACCCAAACUGUUCUUUUGUUUUUUUAAUUUUAAUUUUAUUUCAUGGCUUGUAUAUUAUCCUUUUGUAUGUGCUCUUUUUGUAAUAAAUUGGAUA